AUGAGCGAAAGUAUAAUGAAGUCGAAGAUAAUCAACAAUUUACAAAAGUUGGAAAAUAGGGAUAAAUUUACACAUUCGGACGAUGAUUCUCAUGAUGGUAAUGAUGUAUAUGAUGGUGGUGAUAGAGCAGCUGACGAUAGAGCAGGUGCGGCUGAUGAUAGUGUGACUAAUGAUGGUAGGCCUAACGAUGGUGCGGCUAACGAUGAUGCGGCCAACGAUGGUGUGACCAACGAUGGUGCGGCCAAUGAUGGCAUAGCUGACGAUGAUAUACUUUCUAUUGACUCUUAUAACACGGAGGAGGAAGGUCGGUAUAUAAAUAGUUUAUUAGAGAAUUAUGGGUUGCAUAGGAAAUAA